AUUUGCGUUCUGUUAUGCAGAACCACUUUAAGUGAUCACGGAAUUUUUUUGUUUCGUUUGUAGAAUUCACUCAUCGUUAAUUUAGUUGUGUUGGUUGUGCAUUCGAAUUUGUUGCAGGGAGAGGAUGUUAUUAUAAACGUGAAGGGUUUCAAGUUUUUCAAUUUAAAUUUUAGAAAGUUCGCAGAAAAUGUUUGAAAGAAUCGCGGUCACAGUCAUUUCGUUUAAUUUGCUUUUAAUUGUGGCUUCAAUUGAGAUAAAUUUGAAUAGAGGUUGGAACGUAAUAAAUGCCAAUGGAAGUAUCGAACUGAACGAUCAGACUAUUCCAUCUGGGAUAUAUUCAGCAUUGGAAGAGGCAAAUCGAACCGGCUCAGUUCUUAACACUUACAACGAUGUAAACCUCAGAUGGAUUGCAAAGGAUAAUUGGACGUACACUUUAGUCUUCGACGCACCGGCCAACGCAAAUAAUUUGACCACUGUUCUUGCACUCCAUGGCAUCGAUACGAAUGCAAACAUUUAUUUAAACGAUUUAGAACUCGGUAGAACAGACAACAUGUUCAUCCGAUAUCGAUACAGUUUAAAAAAUCGUUUGAAGCCGACCAACAACACUCUUCGCGUGGAAAUUCUAUCACCAAUUCAAGUUGCCAAAUUUUUGGCAGAUGCUAACAAGAUCACGCCACCAGAAUGUCCGCCCACUAGGUAUAAUGGUGAAUGCCAUAUGAAUUUUGUAAGAAAAAUGCAGUCAAGUUUUUCGUGGGAUUGGGGCCUAGCAGCACCAUCUAUGGGCAUAUGGAAAAAUGUUCAGCUUGAAUUGUACCAGUCGGCAAUAAUUCGAGAUCUGACUUAUUACUUGGACGAAUCGAAGGAUAUGUGGUUCGUUCAUCUGACAAUACAUUUCGAAACGGAAAGUGAAAACAAUUCAACGGCGGUAGAAGGAAAUUUGACCGUGGAAGUUAAGGAGUUGUUGGUAUUGCCGAUCAAUACAACGCUAUCGGCUUUACCGGAUGAAAAUGGAGAGUUCAGCUUUAACAUUUCUUUCCAGUUGCCUAAAGAAAAAGUGCAGCUCUGGUGGCCGAAUGGUUAUGGAGAUCAACGUUUAUAUACGUUAGUAGCAUCCUGGGAAGGUUCCGUUGGACGCACUGACACAAACCAAAUUCGGAACUUCGAUCGAAAGUUUAUGACGUCGACGAAAAGUAUACGACUCGGUUUCCGUACCGUUGAACUUAUUGAAGAUCCAUUAGAUGGUGGUACGUCUUUCUACUUUCGGAUUAACAAGCUGCCGAUAUUCAUGAAAGGGACAAACUGGAUACCGAUGCAUAUAUUACCAGAGAAGGGCGCUGACAGGAAUCAACUGGAAUUUUAUUUCAGAGCCAUGAAAGCGUCACACAUGAAUAUGAUACGAGUGUGGGGUGGUGGCAUUUAUGAGUCAGAUUAUUUUUACGAUCUUGCUGACGAGCAUGGCAUUCUAAUAUGGCAGGAUAUGAUGUUUGCGUGCGCAAUGUAUCCGGUGUUUGAUGGCUUUUUACGUUCUGUAAAAGAGGAGGUUAAACAAAACAUUCGUCGGCUACAAUCUCAUCCCUCGAUUGCGGUUUGGGCUGGAAAUAAUGAGAACGAAGCAGCAUUAAGAGAGAACUGGUAUGGCACUGGGAAGGAUUACGAUAGAUUCGUCUCCGAAUAUCUGCGGCUCUAUAAUGACACCAUAGCGAAUGAAGUGUACCGGAAUGAUAAAUGGCACAUUUGGUUGUAUUCAUCACCGUCAAAUGGGAAGAAAAAAUCGAACGAGUCAAUAAUUCAAGAUAAUCCACAGGAUUGGCACUACGGCGACAUUCACUUCUACACCUAUCUAGCCGAUGGAUGGAAUCCAAAUAUUUAUCCGCGACCUCGAUUCGUUUCCGAGUAUGGUUUCCAGAGCAUACCAUCCCUGGCCAGUUGGGAAUCCGUUCAAUCAUCAGGCGAUAAUUUAAAUGAUCUGAUCGACCACCGCCAACACUUUCCUUUAGGCAAUGCUCCGAUACUUGAUCUAAUUCACAAAAAUCUACCGGCGUUCGACCGAAACGACACGCCAUAUGUGGAAAGCCUAAUCUACUUCAGUCAAAUCAGUCAAGCAAUGGCUAUUAAAACGGAAACGGAAGUUUACCUCAUUGAACAGGACGGUCUAAUGAAUACGAUGGGUGCGCUGUACUGGCAAUUGAAUGAUGUCUGGGUUGCACCAUCGUGGUCAAGCAUUGAGUUUAAUGGUAACUAUAAGAUUUUGCAACAUUAUGCCGAGAAGUUUUUCGCUCCAAUUUCACUUGCCGUUGUUGUCGACUUAACCAAUCACAUUAACGUCCACAUCGUUCGGGAUGUUAAAUCGAUCAAAGAGGACUUCCAGCUGACCCUUAAAAUCUACAAUUGGUCAAGCUUAGCCGUGAAGUACAUUCAUACAUGGAAUUAUACAUCGACGAUAAAUAAGUCCGUGGAAAAUAUUGCAAGAUUUCAUCUGGAUAACUAUUUGAUACCGCCGUUAACCAGAUACAAUGCGGUUAUGGAAUUCGUUCUGACAAAGGCAAAGGAUAAUGGCACCACCAUCGCUACCAAUUUCGUUUUUCCCACAAAAGUUAAGGAUGCUGUCGGUAUCAAGGACCCGAAAUUAAAGGUACAAAAUAUUCGUAAAGACAUCGCCGAUUCUUCGGUGGACGGCUAUCGCACCAUCAUUUUUGAUAUCAUCGUCGAAGCACCAGCCCUAUUCGUUUACAUCCAGAUCCGACACGAUGCCAUCAGCCGGUUUGUGUUCACUGACAAUGGAUUCAUGCAAUUCGAACGGAAUCGAACUAUCGGCGUAAAUUUCUAUGAUCCAACGGGUUCGCUAACGAUUGACGAUCGGAAUAUUCGUGUAUUAACAGUCAAUCAAUUCAUGAAUUAAUGUUUUUAUAUAUUUCAAAGAAAAGAAAAAAAAACUUCAACUCUGUCUGUACACAAUCAAAUUUUGUUUUUUGUUUUUUUAAUUAUUUUCCACUAACAAAGGCCCUAAAAUUAAAAAUAAAAACAUUACAAUUGUGCGUAAUGCAAACGCAUGUAUAAUAAUACCGUUUUUAAUCCAAUAAUAUUUUGUAUGAAGCACGUAGUUACGAACUGAGCACAACUAUUUUAAAAGAUCUGAUACACAAGCGAUCUUCAAAAAAUCAAUAUAACGUGAACUCUUUCAACUAUA